AAACAACCAAGAAAUAUCGCAAUUAAAAAUGCAUAAAGUUCGGUCGUAUGUUAAAGGAUCGUUCAUGCAGAACGUACAUCUUGCGCAAAACGCUUUAUAACAGUCCAAAACAGCAGCAACAACAAUAACAACAACAGCAAUACCAUUUAGUACAACAAAAACGCAAAGUGACGGCAAUAACACCAACCAACCACCACCACCACGACCAUCGGCAUGAUUAAAGCCACGAAAAUUUUAACGAAACCUUCAGCCGAUUUGUAUCAACUGAAAUUGAAUAAAAUGAAAUCGAAUGAAAAGAACAACGAAAAUCCAAAAAACGAAGAGGCUUUGGUUUGCACCAAUUCUGAUUCGUUGGCUUCUGGAGCUUCGACAAUUGUUGAUCAACAGCAGCAGCAACAACAGCCGUUGAAGAAGUUCAGCCUGAAGGGCAAUCAAUUGAGUGGCAGUAUUCUAAUUGGAAAUUAUAAUUAUUUAACCCAAUUGGAGGUUAGUGAAAACGAAAUGGAAGUCUUGGAUUUAAGUUCUUUGGCCCAGUUGGAGACGCUGAAAUGCAGUCACAAUAAAUUGUUGGAACUGAUGAUUAAUGGCAGUAAUUUAACCUCAUUGGUGGCGGAUUCGAAUUGUCUCCAUUUGAUACACAUUUCCCCGCUGCCGAAUAAACUCUAUCAUGUGAACAUCUCCAACAACUAUUUCACCGAACUGCCAAAAUGGCUAAAUGAAUGCGAAAUGUUGGAAACUCUCGAUGCCUCACACAAUCAGUUGCAAAAAGUAACGGAUUUUCUGUUGACCGGCAAAACAACAAGGAUACGACAACUCAAUUUAUCGUACAACAAUUUAAGGAUCAUUGAACGAUUGUCGGAACGUUUUCGCUUGCUGGAGGAACUUCAGCUGCAUAGCAAUGAACUGCAAUUGCUAACCGAUAAUCUGUUUGCCAUAACCAAGGGAUCGUUGAAGUUGUUAAAUUUAUCGUCCAACAAAUUGCAAAUUUUGCCACCCAUCGAAGAGAAGGAUUUGAAGGAGUGCGAAUUUGUAUUGGAACGCCUGCUGGUGACCGGCAAUAAUUUGGAUGAUCGCAUUUUUGAGGUGCUCAAAGAGGCUAGGAAUUUGAGGGUGUUGUAUGCGGCCUAUAAUAAAAUAUCCGCCAUAUCCGAGGAUUGUCUACAGCGGCUCGGCAAUCUGGAGGAGUUAAUGUUGUCGGGAAAUUUGCUACAACAUCUGCCAGAGAGUAUUUGUGAAUUGAAAAAUUUACAAGUCUUGAGGGUCCACUCUAAUCUGCUGCUAAGUACACCAGCCUUGAGUAAAAUAACCACCCUGCGUGUUUUGGAUCUGGCCCACAAUCAUUUGGAUCACCUGGAUUUGAUGAGUUUGGUGCCACAAAAUCUCAAAUACUUGGAUUUGUCCUGCAAUCUCCAGCUCCAGGUAGAUGAGCAACAGGUGAAUGUGUGCCGCAGCCAGCGCAAAUGGAGUCUGGUCGAUGUGUCGGGCAAGAAUCGCAUUAAUUUACCCACCAAGAAGUCGCCGGAAUCAAAGGAUAUUCACAAUGGCCAUAAGCCACCCUGGUUUGUGGGAUUCUCUGAGACACCGGGUAAAUGUCGUAAACUCCUGGUUAUCCAGCUGAGAGAGGGAAAGUUUCGCACCGAUGAAGCCCUGUUUGGCAUGUUCAUCAGCGGCAGCAAUACCUCCUCCCAUGUCUGUAAAAUGGCCCAAAUGUUGCCAAAACUCUUGCAGCAGGAGCGUAUGGUUAAGGAGAAUAUGGGAGAUUAUAUGAAAUACACUCUGCUGGCGGGUCAGCAAAAAUUGUCGGACAAACCUCCAAUUGGCUCAUUGCUGUGCCACAUAUCUCGGGAGAAUACAAGGCCGAAGUUCGAUAUGGUAAGGCCGCAGAAGACAAAACGUUAUGUCCUGAGGGUUGCCAGUAUGGGAGACAUAGGGGCCUAUCUGAUAAGGCGUACCAAUAAUAUCCAGCUGAUUGCCAGACCGGCAUCGUUGAAAUCUGUACAAAACGCCUCUUUCAGUGAUCCCUCGCUGGCGGAAUGGAUCCUGGGCAAUGAUGAUGAAUAUCUGGUGAUUUGCAAUCCCGAAAUACGUUCUGUGCUGGAUAUUGAUCGCAUUGCCCGGGAGGUACGCAAGGAAGAGAAUGUGGUGUUGGCGGCCAAGAGGGUCCAAGAUAUGGCCCAAAGUUUCGGGGCCCAAGGCAAUCUGAGUGUUAUUGUAAUACGCUUCAAGAACAUUGGAACCGAUGUGGAUUAUCUGAUCAAGGAACUCAAGCAGACGGUGCGACGAAAGCCCCAAAGUCUGGUGGCCAGCCCGGUGAAUACUGGACUCCUGCCGAAUGUGUGCAAAAGGGCCUGCUGUGAUCGUAGCCUCAAUUGCCGACAUCGUUUUGCUGGUGCCACGGCAACCAAGCAACUGCCCUCAAUUGCUUCCCGGAUUGGCAGUGAUCGUUCCUCUCCCAGUGGCCAAAGUGAUCCAGCUCUUAGCGUGGCUAAUCCCAAACAAAUUGAGGGAGACAAUGAAUAUAUCUUAGCCCAUGCUCGUGUCCUGGAGGAGACCACCGAAAUGGAAAUGCUCGAUGAAACUGAUUCAGCCCUUUCCGAGGAGCAGUUCAAGUGCUGGGAAUACAUGUUGGAACAGAAUACCCAACUGCUGUUCGACAAAGAACUCAAUACCAUAUCGAAAUCGUUUACCAAAAAUCGCAAUGCGGAAAGGAAACGUUCGACACCGGAACGUUAUGAUUACAAAUCGAAUUUAUUGAAGACAAGUACUCCGAAAUUCAUUUCCACCAGUUCGCCACAGCUGCUGUAUUCGGAGGUGAAGAAGGGUAAUGUUGGUCUAUUGAAUCCCGCAGCCAAUCCUUUGGGAAACCCAUCCUCGGCUGGAACUUCAACUGCCCAACAGUCGCAGGUUUCAUUUCUCUCCAAACAUUUUGGCAGUGCCCGUUCAUUUGGCACCGCCUACAAUUUCUUUACGGAUUCCAAAAGUCGUGAUUCGCUGGCCAGCGGCAUUGGCUAUAGCAAGUUGAGUGGUGGUCCGAAUGCAGCCUAUUUUGGAUCCCUGCAACGUCUUAUGCCAUAUAAUUUGGAAUAUGACUUUGCCGUUACGCAGGAACGCAAUUAUCUCGACGAGGAUGAGGACGAUGAUGAUUUCAAUGAUCAUGAACAUCGUAUGCGUAAAUAUUGGGGUGUUGCCACCACGGAACUUUAGGAGAGAGGUGUUGUGGUAUAUAAGUUAUAGGUGUAUAUAGAUUUGGAAUAUUUUUUUAAGAGCGCUCAGUUAUUGGAUGAUGUAAAUUUUAGGAUUA